GUCAAUCUAAAUACAUCAUGAAACCUUUUGUGGUAUUAGCAUUGUGCCUGGCGGUGGUGAGCUGCGGUGAUGUAGCCGAAAAGAAACAAGAGAAACGCGGUCUGGCCGGACUCGGCACGCACGGAGGCGGUGCCUUACUGUUAUCCGCUGGAGGACACGGCGGCCUCGGUGGAGGAUACGGCGGCGGAUAUGGAGGUGGUUUUGGAGGCGGUCUCGGCGGUGGACUCGGCGGUGGAUUUGGCGGCGGAGCCGGAUUCGGCGGAGGUGCUGGAUUUGGCGGAGGAUUCGGAGGCGGCGCUGGAGGUGGCGGCGGCGGCGGUGGUGGCGGUGCUGGUCUUGGUGGUCCAGUCACCCUUGGCACACGCAGUCACGUAACUACUACUGUGACACAAGGUAUUCCAUACGCCGUACCACAACCUUACCCAGUGACUGUAACACGCACCGUUGGAGUACCAGUCCCUCAACCCGUGCCAGUGUCCGUGCCAAGAGCUGUUCCAGUCUCUGUGCCUCAAGCUGUACCAGUUGCAGUACCCCGCGCCGUGCCAGUGGCGGUGCCACGUGCCGUCCCAGUGCCAGUUCCACAGGCUGUGCCAGUGCCAGUCACACAAAGUGUGGCAGUGCCAGUACCCGCUCCAUACCCAGUCACCGUUGCUGCUCCAUUCCCAGUUAACAUUCCCACACCAGUUGUAGUACCAGUAGCCGUAGGAGGCGGUGGUGGUGGUGCCGGUGGCGGAUUUGGCGGUGGAGCUGGAUUUGGCGGUGGAGCAGGAUUCGGUGGCGGGCUUGGCGGUGGUCUCGGAGGUGGUCUCGGCGGUGGUCUGGGAGGCGGUCUUGGAGGCGGCUACGGAGGCGGUUAUGGAUACGGUGGUGGACACGGAGGAUUCGCGGGCGGACACGGAUCAUCAUCAUACUCUUCCAUCAGUUUUGGAAAACAUUAA